AUGAAGAUCUUUUAUAUGGGAGUGCUCCGAAAUGACAGCAAGCCAGCUGUCGAGCUGUGUGGCGAGAGCGAUCUGAGCUCUUUCUCACGCUUUACACGAGAUAAUUACAGCGAGUUCAUGAUGCUUUUCUGUAAGACCGUUGCCGAACGCACACAACCAGGACAGCGUCAGGAUGUUGAGGAGAAGUCAUACACAUUCCACGCCUACGGCCGCACAGAAGGUGUCGCCGGUGUCAUCAUCACGGACGGCGAAUACCCGGGCCUGGUCGCUCACCAAUUGCUUUCCAAGAUUGUCGACGAGUUCCUCGCCAAGUACCCGCGCACCUCGUUUACGGGUGCCUCCAUCAGAGACAAAUCGUGCCCGCUGCCUCAGCUAAAGGAAUACAUUACCAAAUACCAGGAUCCCACACAGGCAGACAGCAUCAUGAAGAUUCAAAAGGAACUCGAUGAGACCAAGAUCGUCCUCCACAAGACCAUCGAAAGUGUCCUUCAGCGCGGUGAAGCGCUAGACAGCCUGGUUGCCAAGUCGGACGGUCUGUCCGCCCAAAGCAAGAUGUUUUACUCUCAAGCGAAGAAGCAGAACUCUUGCUGCAUUGUGAUGUGA